GCAACCUUGCCUGUUACGUAACCCUUAAUGUAGAGCUCCAUCAGCGGGGAUGAUGCGUUAUGCUCUGCUUGGGCUGUUUCCACGUAAUGACGGAUGCUGAGCUGCGUCCCACCCCCCUGCCCCAUACGAAUGGUCCUUCGUGGUGCCAACAGACGGACAUUACACGGCCGAGGAAAACAACAAACAGCCUCCAUCACAAGGGUUGAGAUUUUUUACCAGUGUAGGUUGGUGUUAAUGUCUGAGUGCCACCAUGGCAAACAGGGGACCAAGCUAUGGGCUCAGCCGUGAGGUCCAAGAGAAGAUUGAACAGAAGUAUGAUGCAGAGUUGGAGGCUCGGCUUGUGGGAUGGAUCAUGGCCCAGUGUGGUGACGACCUGGAACGACCUGAACCCGGCAAACACAAUUUCCAGAAAUGGCUCAUGAGUGGAACAAUUCUCUGCCUGCUCAUUAACAGUCUGUACCCCAGUGGUGAGGAACCAAUUAAGAAAAUUACAGAAACUAGUAUGGUCUUUAAGCAAAUGGAAAAGAUUUCUCAGUUCCUGCAAGCUGCUGAAGAUUAUGGUGUUAACAGAGGAGACAUAUUCCAAACUGUUGAUCUUUGGGAAGGAAAGGACAUGGCUGCAGUCCAGAGGACACUGAUGGCUCUGGGAAGUGAAGCUCUGACAAAGGAUGAUGGACAUUACCAUGGAGACAAAGACUGGUUUCAUAGGAAAGCCAAGAUCCACAAGAGGGAGUUUUCUGAGGAGCAGCUGCGUCAAGGUCGCAGUCUUAUUGGCAUGCAAAUGGGAAGCAGUCGUGGAGCAUCUCAAUCUGGCAUGGUAGGGUACGGCACCCCACGGCAAAUCAUGCGGUAUGACUCUCCUCGACAUAACGGACAACAGAGCAAUCCCUAAACACCAUACAGUUUAGUAUUUAAAAUAUGUACUGGAGCCCAAAGCCAAAUCUAGAGCUCCAGUUGUAGAAGGAAUGUGUACUUGUGUGUAUAUAGAUAAACUGUGGACUGUUGCUGCUUACACCAGUCCUUGAAUUACACACAUCAGAAUGUUGUCCCUUCAUCCACAAUGCACCAGUGCCAGCUGUUAUUGUCUCUCAGGCAAGCUCCAGAUCAAGGCCAAAAUGUGCAAAAUAAACAAUUUAAAUUGAAAAUAAUAUCAAAAGGCUCAACUCUUAAAGUCUCUUGUAAUGUACAUCUCUGUAAACAUGUAGCCCUUUAAGAAUGGUAAGCUGACAAUCUGGUACUUGAACGUCUAGCGUUCAUUUAUAAUUAUGCAUUAAGCUCAUGAUUUUACCUGAAGCUACAUAAAAGUCCAUUUAAGGAAUUGUGUCCUGUGAAAUUAAACCCACAAUAUCGGAAUCGCAAGCCCAUACUCUACCAGUUGGGCUGAAUGAGUUGUGCAUGCUGUGCAAUAGGCACAUUCUGAAGAAAAGUCUAUUUUACUUAAAGUCAUAUGUAACCAAUCAGUGUGUCAAGAUAUACAAAAUAAACAGUGCUUAAAAUAUAAA